AUGUCAUUAUCUCUGUUGUUCCUUUCGUAUUAAACCCCUCCUCCCCUUCUCCUUCAUCUUUCCAGUACUGUACUGAUGAAGUCACUUUCUCAGUAGAUAAAACUUCAUUCCACAAACUGUAAUUCUUAAUAUCUCUCCUCUUAUAAUCCUCAAUUUUUCUCUCUUUUUCUUCCCCUAGUUAAUUAAUUCUGGAGCAUCACUCAUCACUUUAUCAUCAUUUUUUGGUGAAAAUGCCGGAAAUUCAACUUGGUGCUCACACUUUGAGAUCCCAUGGUGUGCAAGUAGCUAGAAUACAUAUGCAUGAUUGGUUAAUUCUUUUCCUUCUAGUGGUGAUUGAUAUUGCACUGAAUGUUAUCGAACCGUUUCACCGAUUUGUGGGGAAAGGCAUGAUGGAAGAUCUUAGGUAUCCUUUGAAAGGCAAUACCGUUCCUUUUUGGGCUGUCCCGUUUGUUGCAGUAUUGUUGCCCUUCUGUGUCAUUCUUAUCUACUAUUUCAUUAGGAAGGAUGUCUAUGAUUUUCAUCAAGCAACUCUCGGUCUCCUCUUUUCUGUACUUAUAACUUCUGUCAUAACUGAUGCAAUUAAAGAUGGAGUUGGUAGACCUCGUCCUGAUUUCUUUUGGCGUUGUUUCCCUGAUGGAAAAGAUGUCUAUCAUAAUGUCACAGGAGAUGUUCUGUGUACUGGUUUUAAAGCUGUCAUCAAAGAAGGCCAUAAAAGCUUUCCAAGUGGGCAUACUUCAUGGUCCUUUGCCGGUCUUAGUUUCCUAGCAUGGUACUUGGCAGGGAAAAUAAGGUGUUUCGAUCGAAGGGGCCAUGUUGCAAAGCUUUGCAUAAUUUUUUCUCCGAUACUUUUGGCUGCGAUGGUGGGAGUUUCUCGUGUGGAUGAUUACUGGCAUCACUGGCAAGACGUCUUUGCUGGAGGUCUGAUAGGUCUGGUGAUUGCUUCAUUCUGUUACUUACAGUUCUUUCCACCACCAUAUGAUACAGAUGGUUGGGGACCGCAUUCGUAUUUCCACAUGCUGGAAGAAUCAAGAAAUGGUGUACAGCGUCCAAGUACCCAAAUUGAUGCUCUUGGUGUUCGUCCUACAGAAUUGGAAAGCGUACAUGUAGAACCCCAGCAUGGUUCAAAUACACCAGAAUUUGGUUAUUUACGGAGAGAUGACAGGGAAGGUGGUAUGAGUCAGUGACCCCCAUUUUUGUAUAGUGUGUGUAAAUCAGUAGAUGAGUUGGCUUCCUUGUUGAAGUACUGAGACUAUUCUUGGCUGUAAUUAGGUUAAUAUUAGUAGUAAGUUCAUUUAGUGUCUAACGUAGAUACUUCAUUUCUGCCUUGGACGUCAAAGAAGAUCUUAAUUGAAAGAUGAUUGAAUAUGUUAUGGUGUUAUUUUUUAUUCCAUUUUGUU